AUGGCCUCUCCCAAGCCCAGAGCUAUCCUCGGUCUCAUGACCUACGGUCCUGACAACUUUCCAGACAACCGUGUUACAACACUUGAAGAAUUCAAAACUCAUCUUGAUGCUCUCCAAAAGCAUGGAUACAAUGAAGUUGACACGGCCCGUAUCUACUCUGGCGGUGAACAAGAAGCUUUCACAGCAAAAGCAGGAUACAAAGAACGUGGCCUCAAGCUCGCUACAAAGAGCUACCCACGAGACUCCUGGCAGCACACGGCCGCCAACCUCCGCAAGGACUUGGAAACAUCUUUGGCUGAGCUUGGUACUACAUCUGUAGAUAUUUUCUACCUGCACUCGGCCGACCGCUCCGUCCCCUUCGCCGAAACCCUGGAAGCGGCAAACACUUUGUACAAGGAGGGUAAAUUCAAGCAACUCGGAAUUAGCAACUUUUCUGCAUUUGAAGUCGCAGAGGUUGUCAUGCUGUGCCAACAUCGAGGCUGGGUGAAACCCACGAUUUACCAGGGGGUGUAUAACGCCAUCAGUAAGGAACUUCUUCCCAAUAGCAUCUUUAGCACACAUCUAUAUAUGUCUCGAAAUCUUGAGACGGAAGUUAUUCCUGCUUGUCGCCACUUUGGAUUGGAAGUCGUCAUUUUUACCCCCCUCGGUGGAGGUCUCUUAACCGGGCGCUACAAGACCCUCGAUGACGAGGAGGAGCAGGGCCGUUUCAGCAACAGCACGUUCCUUGGGCCUAUUUUUAGACAGAUGUAUUUCAACGAGAGUUUGUUCAAAGCGCUCGACAUCCUCCGACUUGCCGCUGAAAGCCACAAGCUGACGAUGCCCGAGGUCGCUCUCCGUUGGCUCGUGCAUCACUCUGCCUUAAAGUUUGCCAAGGAUGGAGGAAACGACGGCGUUAUCUUUGGAGUCAGCAAGAUUGCCCAGUUGGACCAGAAUAUCUUGGAUCUGAACAAGGGUCCUUUGCCAGAGGAGGUUGUGAAGGCUCUUGAUGCUGCUUGGAUCAUUGCAAAGGGCACCAGCCCCAACCCCUGGCACACACCGCUUGUGUACACAUAUGAGGGACAUUCAUAA